AUGUCCACAUCUAAAAAUUUUGAAAGUAAAAUAGUUUUGAUCACCGGUUCAGGCGGUGGUAUCGGCGCCCGAAUUGCUGUCGAGUUCGCCCGAUAUGGGGCUCAAGUGGUGAUCAAUGACCGAAAUGCCGACAACUUGUCAGAAGUGGCCAAACAAUGUGCGGCCGUUUCGCCCAAAGGUCUGAAACCACUGGAAGUGUUGGCAGACGUGAGUAAAGACGUCGACUGUAAGCGACUGAUUGACAGUACGAUCAGUUUUGUAUAG